CUUUCACCUCCACACGUGUUGUGACACAUCAAUAGAGAGCUUCCCUGUGGAACGAUGUCGGAAGAAGUGAAUUGGGAAGAAAAAUAUUUGGGGUUACAUGAAAAAUAUUCGGCUUUAUCAAAGCAAUGUCGCAAAGUUAUAGAGAAACAUGAAGACUUACUGGACAGAUACAAGAAAAAUGAAGCACAGUAUGAUCUGUUGGUGCAGAAAUUAGAAGAACGAGAGAAAGAAUUGAAAGAUGUACAGAAAGUGUUGGAGCCAGCCUACGUGGAGUAUGAAUGUAUCAAGGAGAAAUACCAGGAAGCUGUCGAGUGUCAGAAGGAAGCGGAGUCAUACGCGUCAAAUGUUACGAAAGAGUACAAGAAUUUGAAGCGGAAAAGUCAAAUGGUUUUUUGUAAAGCAAAUCUCACCCUACCUGAUGACCCCGCCUUCAACACCGAUGUUGUGGAAACUGCCACAGACAAAUAUUUGAAAGAGAAAACUGAAGAAAUUAUCAGACUAAAGCAGGAGAAGGCAACUCUACAUGCCGAGUUGACGUCGGUUCAGGAAGAUCUGCAGAUUGAGAAAGACAACUGUAACCUGGCCAAAAAGAAGGAAAAAAUUAUGAGGUCUGAAGUACAAAGGCUGCAACAUUCACUGGAACAACACAAGCUGGCAAUACACCAGUUGUCUAGAGUGUCAGAAGCUGCUCUUCAGGAAUAUGAAACUCUGAAAAGUGAAUAUGAGCUGGAAGCCGUCUGCAGAAACAAGGCUGAGACAUUUGCUUCCAAGUUGCUUACAGAGAACAAUGCGAUCAAGAGGCAGAGUUCGAUCCUACUGCAGUCGGUUUCCUCGGAUACACGACUGAUGAGAGCGCUAAAUGAUGUUGAAGAUCUCACGGCUGAAUUGGAAAUGGUCAAGACUGAAUAUCAAAAAGAGGUUAAAGAACUCAAGGAGGAGAUUGCUUCUCUAACUGAUAGCAACAGGGUUGUCUCCCUGGAGGAAGAAAACUCUGUAAUAACUGAAGACCGGGACUUGCUCCAGAAACAGCUUCUAGACUUUCAGGAACAGUAUAACAGUCUGGAAUCUCAGUAUAAAACACUGCAGGCACAGUGUGAAGAUGUUCGAAAGAAAUAUGAAAAGGCAAUUCAACCUCCACCACCUCCACCACCACCCCCACUACCACCUUCUACCUCCCGCACAGGCUUUUUGUCCAAAUUCAAGAAAAAGAAAGUAGACGUUGGCAGUAAAUUGGUAAAAGGAGGAGCUCAGGUGAAUGAAGGAUACUCAAAGGCCCUGGAUGAGAUGAUGAAGAGAAUCAAAGAUGGAAAACCUCUAAACAAAGUCCUCAAACAAACAGGCCUAAGAAAUGAAAAUGAGAGUCCGCCGAAAGCUGGAGCCAUGGAAGAACUGCACACAAUCCUGAAUAACAUGAAGCGCUCGAGAAGUAAUCCAGAUCUCUUGGCUCCGAUUGAGAAAGAAAAUAGUUCAUCAGAGUUGGCCUCUGUAUUCAAACGGAUUCGCAGUAGUGAUAGCAAAAACGAUGAGCCAGAUACUGAUGUAUUCCAACCGGCAUCAACACCAGUUAUAUCACCACCAGUUGCAAAGCCUCGUACUAAAACACUGUCUGCAGUACAGGAAGAACCAGUGGAUGAAAGUUAGCAUGAAGUCCAUGAGGAAAAGGGUUUGUUACCGCGGUGACCAGCUGUUGGCCUGCUUGUUCUCACAGUGAUGGUGAACUGAAACGCUGAUGUUUCCAUUCCAAAUGGUGUAUUCCAGUUGGUGCAGAGUUGUACACAGAUGACAUCAGAUUGUAAUAUUAUAGUAGUUUGUGUCUACUGAUUUGUAUUGGUGGAGGUGAAGUACGACUGCAUCAGAGAUUAUUAGACAGUAAUGGUAGUAUGGAGAAUAGUAUUACCGAUAAGUAUCAGAUUAUGUUUAUCAGAUAUGAUAUUUACUCUUGAGAAUUGUGAAGUCUUAUUUCUAAUAAUUUAUAAUGCAUACCUGUUUUUUAAACAGCACAUGGACUUUUAUUCGUCUCAGAAUGUUUACGUUUUUUUCUCUAGGCAUUUUUUUAAAAAGUGGGGUUUUUUCAAACCCAACAUUUUUAGAAUUAGGCUGAAGGGUAGGGACUUCAUUAUUUUAAUAAUUAUUUUGUUUGUAUAUAUUAUAUUGAAAUACAAGAACUGAAUGUGAUUUUAUUAUCAUUUGCUGGGUUAUAAGAAACAACACGGUUUUAGAAAUUGGUCUCUGUAUUUUUACAUUCUACUUGUAUUUUUGUUUCUAUUGACUGUCGCCGUCUCAGAAUUUUUCACUAUUGUUUUGAUCCAUGUCUCUCCAUUUUAUGACUAGCUUAUGAAAACUACCUUUUGACAGAGCUGCUUAUCAUCAGCCCCAUGAAUAAUUGCUUUAAAUAAAUGGUUCUUUUUAAGAAUAGCUUCAUAUUUGAAGAAUGUUAUUGGAGACCAAUGCUCCUCUUCCUCAUAUUAAAAAAAUAUUCAGCACU